AAGCCCCCUCUAGAGCCUUCAAGAACCCCGGAAGCUUCCACUCGUGUUCGUCGACCAUGGCGACCCGGCUCGCGAGAACAAUGGCGACAUGUCCAAGAUCAUGGUCCCUGAUCGGGAGAUCGACGGCUGGGGUGGCCUUUGGUGGGUCCAGACCUAGGUGGGCCUCCUCCUCCUCUUCUUCUUCUUCUUCAUCAACAUCGUCACCUUCAUCGUCGAGCACAUCUCCCAAGACGGAGAAGAAGCUUGCGGACCGCCUGUCGACCGUCAUAGACGCCGUCAACGACCGUAAACUCCCUCCUGAGCUUCGUGGCCAACGCAACUCCGUCAGAUCAGAAACUGAUAUAAUAAACGUUGUGGAGCAAAGAAUAUGGCACUCCAUGGAAGAAGGGCAGUUUGAGAACUUACCGGGGAAAGGAAAACCACUCAACCUGAGUACGAAUCCUCAUGCCGACCCAGCAGAAGACACCCUGUAUAGAAUCCUUUCAAAGAACGGGUGUGCGCCGGAGUGGGUUGAACUUAACAAAGAAAUAAGGCAUCAAAUAUCAGAAUGGCGAUCGGCGUUGAAGAGAGCUUGGGGAAGUAGAUGCAAUGGAGAUCACUCUAAAUGGGCAGAGACUUCAGAAGCUCUAAAACUUCAAUUACGGGGUAUCAAUGAUAAGGUGUUCCGGUAUAACCUUAUUGUUCCUUUUGGCCGCCAAAUGUUUGGAAUUAAGUGGGAGAAGGAGAUGGAUCGCCUAAAAGAGUGAUCUCUCUUUGUUGUUCCUUUUGGCGCGAGUAUGUGUGGAGUGAAGGUAGACGUAAAUGAGAGAAAACGUUUGUAAUCGAAUACAGAAAUUGUUCAAAGAAAUAAUAGUUGGACGAAA